GUGUUGCUCAAGGAUAUAUAAGAGAGAGGGAAAGAGGAUUCGUGGCAUUCACUCGAGUCCGCCUAGGUUUUCACUCGCCUCAACGCAGCGCAAAGAUUAAAAAAUGGCCUUUGCUGGUGUCCUCAAUGAUGCUGAUGUGAAAGCAGCUCUGGAUGGCUGCGCAGCUGCUGACUCCUUCGACUACAAGAAGUUCUUCAAGGCCAGCGGCCUGGCUGCAAAAACUGCCGAUGAUGUGAAGAACGCCUUCAAAAUCAUUGACCAGGACAACAGCGGCUUCAUUGAGGAGGAGGAGCUGAAGCUGUUCCUGCAGAACUUCUCUGCUGGUGCCAGAGCACUCACUGACAAGGAGACCAAGGCUUUCCUCGCCGCUGGUGACAGUGAUGGUGAUGGCAAGAUCGGAAUUGAUGAGUUUGCUGCCCUUGUAAAGGCAUAAAUUUCCAUUGACCAAGA